UUUGUUGUGGAUGUCUGAGAGAAGAGAGGCUCGGGGAGGGCAGUCUGGUCACUGUGUAACUCUCUCUGGUGUUUACAUUUUUGCUUUUUUGCGCUCCGCUUUCAGUGCCUGACAUUCCUACAGUUCCUUUGCUAGGCAGCACAGCAAGAAGCGGAAAACAGUGGGAUACAAAGUGCGUAUAGACGCUUGUUAAGUGUUGUCAUCUUGUUAUGACGCUGUCGCAACAUUAUAAUGUUCUUCAAUUGCUAUGGAAUUUUUAUUUUUAUUUUUAUUUUUAUUUUAUUUUUUAUGAAUGAGAACAAGUGAAGUGACUGGAAAGUUUUUGUAAAAAAGAAUGCUUUGGUGAAAAAUUCUUUCUGUCAUUCAGAUCCCAUGGAAAACAGCGGAGUUUAUGUAAAGUUUUCUAGAGAAACAUGCCUACUGAAUUCCCUAACAGAGAAACUGAAGAAGGAGUUGGAGAUAGAGCUGAAUUUGAGCAGCAGUUACUUAUCAAGUCACGGCUGGUACCAUGGUCGUAUACCUUGGGAGGUGUCUGAGUCUCUUGUGCAACAGAAUGGGGAUUUUUUAGUCCGUGACUCCCUCACUAGCAUUGGAGACUAUGCCUUAACCUGCUGCUGGAACCAGAAAACUCUUCAUUUCCUAAUCAGCAAGGUUCUGCUCAAAUCAUAUGAUGCAUACACUCAAGUGCAGUACAUUCUAGAGGGGGAAACAUUUGAUUCAGUGCCAGCAUUGGUUCACUCCUAUGUUGGAUAUCAACGCCCUCUGACAAAGCAGAGUGAUGCCCAUGUUUACUCACCAGUUAAUAGGACACUUCCACUAAGAUACCUUGAGGUCAUGUUUGGGCUACCAAGUGUUGAGAACAGUACAGUUAACUCACCAACCCAGCAGAUUGGAAGCCACAAGAGGAGGGAAAGUAUAACUGUGACAGAGGCUUUGGAAAUUAAGCUGAUAUGCCCACAAAGAGAUGUGGUGAGGAGCUUUGAUGGCACCCUAGUGCAGCACCUUGUAGUGUCCACUUCCCCGACAUUGACCAGGCAGCGACGGAGUCCCUCAGAAAACAGGAAGUUUGUUAUAGUCCCUUCAUCACCUGUUCUGCCAAAAUCCAGUGAAAUCAGGCUUUGUUCAUCUCCAACUGAGAACACACUGAUCUAUUUGGAACCAACAGUGCAUCUUCUGUCCACCAUGACACAUUCCAAUCAAAACUAUGCCCAAAAUGACCCUGCAAUUUCUCAACCAGCCUCUGUUGCUGUAAAUCAUCUCUUUGAUCAGAUACUUGAAAUACAUACUUUGGAUAGAAGAGAGGAGUAUGAUGAUGAUUAUUUAGUGCCUUUCACCAUAGACACAGUUUCCUGUUUCAGACCUAGUGUGUACCAGUCACCACUGUUGCCCUCAGAAAAUAAACCUUUGGAGACUAGAAUACUGAAAAGAGUCAAGGACAUCCUGUUUGAAGUGGAUAUUAAUACCAUGGCAAUGCAUAUCACCAAAACUGACUGCAUGGUUGCUCGAAUUUUGGAUAUGCCUGAGGAAAUGAUGAAAGGGAUGGGGGUGAGUUCAGGAAUGGAGCUACUCACCCUCCCACAUGGACAUCAGCUCCGUCAAGACCUGUUUGAAAGGUUCCACACCAUGUCUAUUAUGUUGGUUGUACAGCUGCUGGGCUGCACAGGCAGUGCUGAUGAGAGAGCUGCCCUUCUGCAUAAAGUCAUCUCCCUAGCCUCUGAACUCAAGAGCAACUUGGGCAAUAUGUUUGGCUUUGCCAUGGUUAUGAAAUGCCUGGAAUUCCCUCAGAUUGCUUGUUUGGAGGAAACAUGGACCGUUUUACGUCAGAAAUACACAGAAAGUGCUGUCCUUUAUGAGAAAACCCUUAAACCCUCAAUGAAGAUGAUGAAUGAUGGAGAAGAGAUAAAUGUACCAACAGAGACAACGUUUCCCCAUGUGCUCCCCCUGCUGUCCCUUCUUGAGAAGGGUGUUGUGACUCUUGAAGAGUCAGAGUCAUGGGAAAGUGCAGACACUGGAGUGGCCAUGGUCUUGAGCCAUCUGGAUUCUGCACGUACAAUUGCAAGCAAUGGGAGGAUCUUCAGUGCUAGUGCAGAGGCCCAACUGCAGGGGUUUCUGGAAGAACCAGAUGUCCGGGAGGUCUUCCUCACAGAGUUUCAGAUGCGUCUCCUGUGGGGAAGUGGGGGAGUGGACAGGAAUAAAGAUGAACGUUAUGCAAAGUUUGAUGAAGUGCUAACAGCUCUGUCCAACAGGCUAAAGCAUUCUCACUCAACGAAAUGACAGUGGAAAAGACCACUGUUUACUCUCAGCAUAAAAUUUACAAUAUAGUCACUAGGUUUUUUAAUUUAUUUACAGUUCAUUGGUUUAAUAGGAAUAUAUGUCUGGAAGGGAUGCAUGUCUGCAACUGUACCAGACUGAUCUCACAGUGAAAUCGGAAACAGUAGGUUGACUUUUCUUUAGCUAAAAUCAGUCUGUGCUCACUGAAAUGUGAAACACUGCCCCCAGUGGCCACUGCGGGAAGUGCUCUUGGGACUAUGGGCACGUGUGAACUCCAGACAGAGGGUCCUCUCUGUAGAGUGUAGUGCUAUGAUGUAGUAAAUCUAAUCCUCUGCAUGGAGCAUUUUGUUUUUAUGUGUUACACUGACUAGUACAUUCGUUACUUUUACAGUAUUACACUGAGACAUUUGUUAAAUACAAAUUAAAAAUGGUCAUAACCAUGGAUUUCAUAAA